GCAACAGCAGCAGCCACACAAACCCCUCUCUCUCUCUCUCUCUCUCUCUCUCGCUUCAUCAUUCAUGGCUGCGUUGGCCAGCUUCACCAAGAGAAAACCCAUCAUAUUCAGAGCCAGAAGGUUCUCAACCCAACCCAUUGCCGAUUUCCCUGCAUCAUUUGUUCGGAGGCUCAGAGCUCUGCCCAAAGAUCUUCCCGGCACUAGCAUCAAGAGAGACGUCUCUCAACUCAUUGGAAGAACUCCCCUUGUGUAUCUUAACAAUGUUACUGAAGGCUGUGGAGCCUAUGUUGCUGUCAAGCAAGAGAUGAUGCAACCUACUGCAAGCAUCAAGGACAGACCGGCCUUGGCCAUGAUAAAAGAUGCAGAAAAUAAAGGGUUAAUUACUCCAGGAAAGACAGUGCUGAUUGAACCAACAUCAGGGAACAUGGGGAUAAGCAUGGCUUUUAUGGCAGCCAUGAAAGGGUACAAGAUGGUUCUUACCAUGCCCUCUUAUACAAGCUUGGAAAGAAGGGUAACUAUGAGAGCAUUCGGAGCCGAUUUGAUUCUCACAGAUCCAACCAAGGGGAUGGGGGGAACUGUUAAGAAAGCUUAUGAACUUUUAGAAUCCACACCCAAUGCUUUCAUGCUGCAACAAUUUUCUAAUCCUGCCAAUACACAGGUUCACUUUGAGACCACUGGCCCUGAGAUAUGGGAAGAUACUUGUGGGACAGUUGACAUCUUCGUUAUGGGAAUUGGGAGUGGAGGUACAGUAUCUGGUGUUGGACGCUACCUGAAAUCCCGAAAUCCAGAUGUUAAGAUUUAUGGACUUGAGCCUGCUGAAAGCAAUGUACUGAAUGGAGGUAAACCAGGGCCUCAUCAUAUAACUGGAAACGGGGUUGGCUUCAAACCAGAUAUAUUGGACAUGGAUGUAAUGGAAGAAGUUCUUAUGGUUUCUAGUGAAGAUGCAGUGAGUAUGGCUAGAGAGUUGGCAUUGAAGGAGGGACUAAUGGUGGGGAUAUCAUCAGGAGCUAAUACAGUUGCAGCACUUAGACUUGCAAGGAAGACAGAGAACAAAGGCAAACUUAUCGUGACUGUUCACCCAAGCUUCGGGGAGCGGUACCUGUCAUCUAUACUGUUUGAAGGGCUGAAGAAAGAGGCUGAAAACAUGGAACCAGUCCCUGUUGAUUAGUGCCAGAAUGAGCAAAAUGCAAUGCUUGUUUCAGUUUGUCCUGCAAAUGGUGUAUUUAAAACUGUUGUAGUCUGGUGAAAAAAGUCAUCUUCUAAGGUGUCAAUCUUACUUGCAACUGUCAAUCGCUGCAUCAGAAAUGGCCCCCAAUCUUAACAAACAAUUUUCACCAUUCUUAUGUUUUCACUUGUAAGGAUAACUCUUCGAAUUUUAGUUUGAUUACGAUUGUUGUCUUAUUUGAUAAGAUGGAGGAAGGAUCUCUCGAAUA